ACCCGCCCGGUCAAUGGAGCCCCGCUGGUGUGUUUCAACGGUGGCUUGAACCGGAUUACUACUGACCUAGCCUAUUAAUAUGUCUCACCGCUGCUUUAAUUAGGACUUGUGACCGUCAGAAACCGUUUAGACACACCGUCUCCAGUUGUCCCAAAGUUUAGUCUCUCUGCCGAAGUGUCCUUGAGCAAGAAGCUAAUACAGAGCGUUGACAAGCUCCAGGGGGCGCUGUUGUUUUAUUUGACCCUCCACUAUGACCUCAGCAUCCUUAUGUCAUUCUUAAAAUAUGCAAAACUAUGCAUCGUUAUUAAUGAACGCUUGUACACGACUGUUGACCUAAUGUGUUUGUAAUUUCUGGUGCGACUUCUUAGCAGAGUCCAUAUUUUCAGCAGAGUUGGACUGACACCAAUUAAGCUUAAAUCAGUAGCACACCUGUCUUCAAUCAUCUGUGCAGCGAGGCCCCUGGGAACCUAUAAAGUUAGUGCGAAGAGGCCGUUCAGAUCCAUUUGAUAGAAGAAAAAGGAAAAGUCAAGUGUUGUUUCAUCUCAGAAGAAGCCAACAGUUAACGUGUUUGCUUAGCAAAAACUAAAAUCUUCCUUCAAACAUGGCAAAAGAGAAGACUCAUGUUAAUGUAGUGAUUAUUGGCCAUGUUGACAGUGGCAAGUCGACCACUACCGGACACCUCGUCUAUAAAUGUGGUGGCAUCGACCAGAGAAGACUAGAGAAGUUUGAGAAAGCUGCGGCACAGAUGGGAAAGAGUUCCUUCAAAUUUGCCUGGGUGUUGGACAAGCUGAAAGCUGAGAGGGAGCGUGGAAUCACCAUUGAUAUUUCACUGCUAAAAUUUAACACACAGAAGUACACCAUGACUAUAAUCGAUGCUCCAGGCCAUCGUGACUUCAUCAAAAACAUGAUAACGGGGACGUCACAGGCUGAUGUUGCCCUCCUGGUGGUCUCUGCAGCCAAAGGAGAGUAUGAGUCUGGUGUAUCAAGAAGUGGUCAGACCAGAGAGCACGCCUUGCUGGCCUACACUCUGGGGGUCAAGCAAAUCAUAGUCUGUGUGAACAAAAUGGAUCUGACGGAGCCGCCUUACAGCCAGAAACGUUUUGACGAAGUGGUGCGAGGUGUGAGCGGCUUCCUCAAGAAGAUCGGCUACGACCCCAACACCGUGCCUUUUGUCCCAAUUUCUGGCUGGACCGGGGAGAACAUGAUCACUGCAACUCAGAAGAUGCCCUGGUUCCAAGGCUGGAAAGUCAGACGAAGGGACGGGAAUGCAAGUGGAAGAACUCUACUUGAAGUUCUGGACUCCAUACACCCGCCUGUGCGCACCAUCAACAAGCCUCUACGAUUACCUCUGCAGGAUGUCUACAAAAUAGGCGGAGUUGGCACUGUACCAGUGGGCAAAAUUGAAACUGGCAUCCUCAAACCCGGUAUGACCCUGAUGUUCUCCCCCGCCAAGCUCACUGCCGAGGUCAAGUCGAUCGAGAUGCACCACCAGGGGCUGCAGACGGCUCUACCAGGACACAACGUUGGCUUCAACAUCAAGAACGUGGCCGUCAAGAACCUGCGGCGCGGCGAUGUGGCUGGCAACGCCCAACAGGAUCCUCCAUCAGAUGUCAGCAGCUUUGAAGCUCAGGUGAUCAUCCUGAACCAUCCAGGGAAGGUCAAAGCCGGUUACUCUCCUGUCCUGGACUGCCACACCGCCCACGUGACCUGUCGCUUCACCGAGCUGAAGGAGAAGCUCGACCGCCGCACUGGCAAGAAACUGGAGGACAAGCCACAGCUGCUGGUGUCUGGAGAUGCUGCCACAGUCAAACUGGUUCCCAUCAAGCCCAUGUGUGUGGAGAGCUUCUUCACAUACCCUCCCUUAGGUCGCUUUGCAGCCAGAGACUUGAAGCAGACGGUUGCCGUGGGCGUCAUCAAGUCGGUGGAAAAGGCCCAAGGGUCGAAACUUCCACACAAAGUCCAAGUGUGUAAAUAAGUUUGUAUUUGUUUACCAGUAUUUUGGUAGUACUGCUUUAUGUGAACAGUUUUAUUUGGUAAGACAGUAUUUGUGUGUUUUGACACAAGGCAUUUAUUUUGUGUUUGAGGUGUAUAGUAUUCCUGUGUUAAUAUUGAAUCCAAAAAGAGUUGGAUGGUGUGUUUAGGUUGAAAUGUUAAAUCAGAAUUGAUGAGAUAACGAAAUAAAGAAUAAUUUGAAGAACUUUUGCUUUGCAUGUUCUUAA